AUAUAAACUACAACCAUUGGACUUUCCAACCAGCAAUCCAUUUGUUCAAUCUUAUCGUCUAAUUCGAAGGUAGUUCUGGAUGGAUGCUGUUAGAAUGUCCAAUGGAAGCUUCAAAUAUGAAUGCUUAUUAUUUGAUAUGGACGAUACUUUGUACCCAAGAAGUUGUGGUCUUAACCUAGCAUGUCGUAAGAAAAUUGAAGAAUUCAUGUUGAAGCAUUUGCAAAUAGAGGAAAGUGAAGUGCCUCAAAUGUGCUUGGACAUGCACAUGGAAUAUGGGACAACGAUGGCCGGGUUAAAGGCUCUCGGUUAUGAAUUCGACGAUGACGAGUUUCACGCCCAGGUGCAUGGUACCUUACCUUAUGAGGCACUGAAACCUGAUCCAGUCUUGAGGAACCUCCUACUUUCCAUGCCACAGCGAAAAAUUAUCUUUACCAAUGCUGACAAAGCCCACGCAGCUCAAGUUCUUCACCGGUUGGCUUUGGAGGAUUGUUUUGAAGGCGUUAUAUGCUUUGAAACUCUGAAUAACCCAUCAUCAGAAAACAAAUGCCAUGGCAUCCUCUGCAAGCCCUCCAUUGAAGCGUUUCAAGCUGCUAUCAUAAUUGCUGAUAUCGAUCCCGGGAAAACGAUCUUUUUCGACGACAGUGCCAGAAAUAUCGAGAGCGGAAAAGCAGCAGGCCUUCAUACAGUUAUAGUCGGAAGCUCGGAGUUGGUCCCUGGAGCUGACCAUGCCUUAGGUAGCAUCCACAAUAUAAAAGAGGCAUUACCAGAGUUAUGGGAAGGUGAAGACAACGACCAGGCCGAGCAAGCUAUGCAGUCCCCUGCAGUUGCAACUAUGGUCCUUGCAUAAUCAUGCCUGCCUAGAUUCGGAAUUGAAUCUUUAU